GGUUGUCCUCGCUCCCGAUAGGCGGAAAAAAGUAAACUAAGAACCGAAGGCAAAUACCAAAGCAAAAAGCGUCGUAAGAAUAAGCAAAGACUUUGUGUGUCGCGUGUUUUUGUGCAGUGUUUGGAGACUCGAAAGUAAAUAAAAACUAAGAAAAAUAGAUAGUGCUUUGUGGUAACUCUGUAUAAAAUGCUGGAGUUCUACCCAAUGCCCACGAAUCUGAAUCCAGUCGGUGGCAGCUUGUACUCGCUGCAGCAGAACCAUGGCGGGGCACGCUUCCUGGACAAUCCCAAUCCCAACUCCAAUCCGAAUAGCAGCUCCCUGCACCUCAGCGGCAACAUUUCCGGCAACAACAGUCCACCGGGAACGGCUUCAUUAACGGGCCACCAGCAGCAGCAGCAGCACCAGCAGCAGCAGCACCAACAUCAGCAACACCCCCACCAGCAACAUCAGCAACACCAGCAGCAACACGCAGCCUCGACCACGCCAGUGCCAAUUAACAGCUGCCCCACGCCCACAGGACACAGCCCCCUCAGCAGCAACAGCAACAACAACCAGAGCGGCAACAACAACAAUAGCAGCAGCAGCAACCUCAACUCCGGCUGCAACACAUUAACAGCUGCUGCUGUUGCUGCUGCUGCGGCUGCUGCUGGUGUGGCAGCUCCAUCGGCAGCAACAGCCACCUCAGUGGCCACCUCGCAAUUAGGCGGAGCUGUUGCUGCUGCCAUUGCUGCCGCUGCUGCUGCUGCCGCUGCGACGACAGCAACAACAUCGUCGGCCCCCGCGGCAACAGGAAACGGAAAUGGCAAUGGCAACGGCAAUGCCAAUGGAGCUGCAGCCUCGGCAGCGGCGGCAUCCAAAUUGUCUGCCGAUUGUAGUGGACGCACAGAAGUGGGCCACAUCAAGUGCGAGAAGAACUUCGAGCUGUGCGAGGGCUGUGGCCAGAAGAUCCACGACCGCUUCCUGAUGAACGUGGGCGAGGCCAACUGGCACGAGCAGUGCCUGGCCUGCUGCUACUGCGGCAUGCAGCUGCACCACACGUGCUACGUGCGCAACUCGAAGCUCUACUGCAAGAUGGACUACGACCGGCUGUUCGGGGUCAAGUGCUCCUCCUGCUGCCACGCCAUCCUGCCGCAGGAGCUGGUGAUGCGGCCCAUCCCGAACUUCGUCUUCCACCUGCCGUGCUUCGUGUGCUACGCCUGCCGUUUGCCACUGCAAAAGGGCGAGCAGUUCCUCCUGCGGGAUGGCCAACUCUUCUGCUAUCGCCACGAUCUCGAGAAGGAGAUGUUCCUGGCUGCCGCCGCUGCCCAGCACUGUGGAUUCGUCGGGCUGGAUGAGGAGGAUCUGCUGAGGCCAAGAGAUGGCCGGAGGGGUCCGAAGCGUCCUCGCACCAUCCUCACCUCGCAGCAACGCAAACAGUUCAAGGCCUCCUUCGAUCAGUCGCCGAAACCGUGUCGCAAGGUCCGCGAAGCCCUGGCCAAGGACACGGGUCUCUCGGUCCGUGUGGUCCAGGUGUGGUUCCAAAAUCAGCGCGCCAAGAUGAAGAAGAUCCAGCGCAAGGCCAAGCAGAACGGUGGCUCCGGCGGAGGCUCAGGCAGUGGGCGCGGCACCGGUGGCAACUCGAGCGCCACCGAUGACAAGGACGCCAACGAGAAGGAGGACAAGUGCGUCAAGCAGGAGCUGGGCGGAGACAGCUCGGGCUACCUGGGCGGAUUGGACAGCACCUUCGCCAGCCAGCCACUCAAUCCCAACUUGCCCUUCUCACCGGAUGACUAUCCGGCCAACUCGAAUGACAGCUUCUGCAGCUCGGAUCUCUCGCUGGAUGGGAGCAACUUUGACCAGCUGGACGACGAUGCGGACUCGCUGUCCCUGAACAAUCUGGAGCUGCAGUCGACCAGCUCGUCGGGUAACCAACAUUCGCACUCCCAUUCCCACUCGAAUCCCCACGACAUGCUGGCCAACCUCAACAACAGCCUGAUAAACCCCAUCGACAAGCUGUAUCUCAUGCAGAACUCGUACUUCAGCUCUGAACAUUAGAUACAACCGGAAGCUGGAUGCGAUCAAUGGAUAGAGACGAAUUUAUUAGCGUUAGAGUGGCAGGAUCCGAUCGGAAAGGAGAGGACUCCAGGUCCUUGCUGUUACCUAACACGUAGCGCGUAGUUUGGCGGCAUUAAGUUGGAGUUGUAGAACCAGAUACAAGAUACAUGAAAUGUGAUUUUUUUAAGCUAAUUAAAAUUUUAAGAUUCUUGGCGAUUUGAACGCGGCGAAGCGGGCGGGCAGUACAUUUUGUUGUUAGUCUAGACUCUAGAGGCAAAAAACGUAGUACUCCCGCAAUGGUAAAACGGUCAAUGUGCCCCUCUUAUGUUUGUAAAUAGUUUUAACCACCCCGAAAAAUUGUUAUUAAAUGUAAUUUAAAAGUCAAUAAUUGUAUUAGCAAGUGCA